AUGGCUGGGCUGCGAUCAUUCGAUGCUUUCCCGAAGACAGAUGAAUCUCACAAGCAGAGGUCUUCCAAGGGAGGUUUGAGCUCCAUUUUGACAUAUCUAUUCCUUCUUUUCAUCUGCUGGACCGAGUUUGGCAGCUAUUUUGGAGGAUACAUCGACCAGCAGUACCGAGUGGAUGACCAAGUGAAGGAAACUUUCCAGAUCAACAUGGACAUGUACGUUCAUAUGCCUUGCAAAUGGCUUCAUAUCAAUGUCCGGGACCAAACAAUGGACAGGAAGCUUGUCUCCAACGAGUUGAACCUGGAAGACAUGCCAUUCUUCGUCCCGUAUGGCACAAUGGUUAACGACAUGCGAAAGAUAGCCACGCCAGCGCUGGACGAGAUCCUGGCGGAAGCGAUACCGGCGCAAUUCAGAGACAAGAUGGACCCGAGUGCCUUGAGGGCCGAUCUGGGUGACAUAGCCUUCGACGGGUGCCAUGUCUAUGGAUCCGUGCCGGUCAACAGGGUCGCUGGCGAACUGCAUAUCACAGCCAAGGGCUGGGGCUACUCCGACUUUGAGAGGGCUCCCGUGGCAGAGAUCAACUUCUCCCACGUAAUCAACGAGUUCUCGUACGGGGACUUCUUCCCAUACAUCGACAACCCUCUCGACUCGACCGCCAAAGUGAGCAUCGACAACCCACUUACAGGUUACAUAUACGACACAUCGAUAGUCCCCACGGUCUACGAGAAGCUUGGGGCCCUGGUGGAUACGAACCAGUACGCCGUCAGUGAGCGACAAUUCGACCCCAAUGCUGUUCAGAGGGGCUCCAGAAAUAUACCCGGUAUCUACUUCAGGUAUGAUUUCGAGGCCCUCUCGAUCCUAAUAAAGGACCAGCGUCUGUCGUUCGUCCAGUUUGUGAUAAGACUUGUAGCGCUACUUUCAUUCAUAGUCUACAUCGCAUCCUGGGCGUUCAGAAUGGUCGAUCUGACCCUUGUACUGGCGCUGGGACCCAGAUGGUCGCUGCGCUAUCAGCCAGGCUCGGAUUCUCAUGGCAUCUUAGAGCGUUAA